UCUCACUCUCUCUCUCUCCCCUAACUAGGUGUUACCUCUCUAAUGAUGUGAUGAAGCUGGUGACCACGGUGGGUCUGUUUGGCCUGGUGUUUGUGUUUAACCUCGGCAUGCUGGCUGUGACUGUGAGGCGCCUCCUGUUUCUGCACACUGAGCAGAUGUCAGGGGAGAAGGGUCGGGCCAGGAGGGACACCUGCACCGUGCUCGGUAUCACCUGUCUGUUGGGCAUCACCUGGGGCAUCACCUUCUUCUCCUUCGGCCAGCUUACCACGCCUGGCCUCUACCUUUUCUGUGUCCUCAACUCUCUACAAGGUUUUUUCAUCUUCCUCUGGUUUUGUGUGUUCAAAUGGAAGGCUGAAGACAGCCAACCUGGCAGUGACGAUCACUGUACCAAGACCUGAUCUGCCUUCGGACACAAGUCUGUUGUCAACCAAUCCAGAACUGUUGUUAUCAAUGUUCAUUUCAAACUUUAUUGAGAUGUUUUAUUUUGAGAAUACUAUCCCUAAAAUUGCAUAAUCUUAACACAACUGUAGACCUUCGAAAAUGUCUACAAACCACCCACGUGUGUUGUACCAAUAAAAUAGCAUGUCAUAUUGUUCUUUAUUCUUUUUGUGAUUGUUUAGUUAUGGAAUGAAGGAAGGUGUUUUCAGAACUGUUUUCAUGUGUGGU